AUGGCCUUCACGGCUUUCUACAGGGCAGCGCCAAACCUCGAAGAAGAGCAACCGGUGAAUGUUGGCAUCAUGGUAGUUGCUAUCCUUGUGUUCUUCUUUUGCCUGGGAAUCGUGGCCUACAGUAACAGCAAGAAAGGCUCACAGGUUGUGCCUGAGCCAGAUCCACCAGAGCCGCCAAAUCCAGAACAGCCAGGGGGGGCAGAGCCCACGGCCGACACUCCCGAGCUGGGCAGGGAAGCCUGGGCGGCUGAGCCAGAAGUUCCUGCUGCGGCUGUUGCUGGACCACCUGAAGGUCAUGUCGUAGAAAGCCAUUUCAGAGAUUGGGAGAAGGAAACGUCUCCCAAAUCCCAGUCCUCCAUGACGCCCAAACCUGGCCCACAAAUUCCUGAAGUGCCAGAGCCAAGCCUUGCAUCUGGAGCUCCGUUAGAGAUCCGUGUAGAUCCUUCCUUCCAGAGCAUGACAGAGGGCUUUGCUCAGUCAAACCUGCCAAGAAGCUCAGAGGACCCACCUCGGCAACCUGAAGUGUGA